AGUGGAUAAGUCAUUCCACAACCUUUGUCGAAUCGGUGACUUGGAGGGGGUUAUGGAAUAUGUCGAUAGUGGAAUCGACAUCAAUAUGUUAGAUGACGAUGAACGAACGGGACUUCAUUGGGCUGCUUCGUCGAAAAAUCCAGAGUUGGUACAGUAUUUACUCUCACUGCCCGGCACCAAACUAAAUUGUCAAGAUGAGGCUGGAACGACCCCACUCAUGUGCGCCGUAUCCACUGGAAGAAAGCAAAAUGUGAUUCUUUUACUGGAAGCUGGAGCAAAUGUGAAUCUUGAGAACGAAAACAAGGAAACAGUGUUGCAUAUGACAAAAAACAAUGCAGAUAUUCUGGAAUUGUUCAUCGACCAAAUCACGGAUAUUAACAAAAAGAAUGAUUACGGUAUCACUGCUCUAAUGAAAGCGGCGUCUCUAGGCAGCCUUGACUCCCUAACCAUUCUUUUGAAUCAUGGAGCCGAUAUGUACGCAACGGACCAUGAAGGAAACACAGCUGCUCACUACGCUGCGUUUGACAACCAGCGCAAAGCCUAUCUGCUCCUGAAGCAACAUGGAUUCGACGAGAACACGGUCAACAAGGAGAACAAAACGCCUCUGGACUAUGUACAUUAUCGUCUUUGUUCCAAAAAACAAAUCUCUUAG